UUGUAGAUGACAAGAGUAUUUUAUAGUUCCACCGGGUGGAGCAGCGGAAGGAUAUUUGACUCGCUGUCUAUAAAGUCGGCUCCAUCGCUCUUCGUCGCUAAACCAGAGACAGCACCCGGAAAAGACAGGAACAAACACCAGGAACAAUUUGUCGAUUCAAAAUGCAGAUCUUUGUGAAGACCCUGACCGGCAAGACCAUCACUUUAGAGGUCGAGCCCAGUGACACCAUCGAGAAUGUCAAAGCCAAGAUCCAGGAUAAGGAAGGCAUCCCUCCAGACCAGCAGCGUCUGAUCUUUGCUGGCAAGCAGCUGGAAGAUGGCCGCACCCUGUCCGACUACAACAUCCAGAAGGAGUCCACCCUCCAUCUUGUGCUCCGUCUGAGGGGUGGGAUGCAGAUCUUCGUGAAGACCCUGACCGGCAAGACCAUCACCCUGGAGGUCGAGCCCAGUGACACCAUCGAGAAUGUCAAAGCCAAGAUCCAGGAUAAGGAAGGCAUCCCUCCAGACCAGCAGCGUCUGAUCUUUGCUGGCAAGCAGCUGGAAGAUGGCCGCACCCUGUCCGACUACAACAUCCAGAAGGAGUCCACCCUCCAUCUUGUGCUCCGUCUCCGUGGAGGAAACUAAUCACUUCCUGCUUGAAGAUGUGCCAUUUGCUCCUUCUGAUCCAGCAGUCAUUCCUUAAGUUUCAAUAAAGUACAAAGGUGUUCCUGAUUUAUUCUUUCUUUGACUUUUAAUAAUUUCACUUUGCACUUUGCUUUAGCUGAAAGUUGGUGUAACUGUCUUUGGCUUCUAGAAGUUGAUUUGAGGUAACUGUUAUCUGACAAAUAACGAACAAGAUGUUAAGAUUGAUAUUUGUGGUUGAAGUGGUCUGAUCUGAGACCUGAAAUGUUGUUUUUAUGACCUCCACAGCUGCUGUAACAAAUGUUCCUAACUAAUAAAAAGGCUUCUCACAA